UAGCCUUCGUCGACGCCCUCAAGCCCCCCGCAUUCGAACAGCACAGGUUGACCCCAACGAUUGUUCAUCGACUUCGGAGAGUUCGUGGCCAUUAAAGCGCGAGUUUCCCUCGUUCUCAGUUCCAACUCUGCCCCGCCGGGUUAAUUGUACUCAGUAAAGAGGGCAGAGGAACGAAGAAGGGGGAGGUCCUCGGUGGGCGAAGAGCAGGGACGGCCCCGGUAUUGAGAAGCAUACGGGAAAGGGAACGGUAAGGAAAGGGAUGUUACCGGUCUUCCUCCUCGCUCUCCUCCCUUUACUUUCGGCGGCAUGUGCUCUUGUGUCGGGGUUCAUAGGCGAUGACCUGUCUGCCGCAAGAGGCUCCUUGGCAUUUUGUCUCCAACCCGAACUCCCUCGACAUGGACGCUCGGAAGCCGUGGUGGGAAAGGACUCAUCCACCGUGGGGCCGAGGAGACAGGAGAAGACCGCCAUAACGAUGCUGACGACGACGCGAACCUUCGGUGCUGGAAGCAUGUGGCCGGCCACCUCCCCAUCCGGCGGAAUUGGAAGCGGCGCUUCACGCAAUGAUGGGGCCAGCCCUGGUCGCCGCCGGCCCCGCGCUCGCACGGGCGGCUCAUCGUCGGCCAACUCCGACUCAGCUCUCCAUGCAAUGGCGAUCCCAGCGCGCUGCGCACUACCGUCUGUCGAUCUGUUACGCCAGGCUUACGGCCCCAGGCGUCAUUUCUGGGGCGAUUUGACUCCGGCGGAAACAAGAAGGUUCUACCACGAACUGCUUCCCGUGAGCGUUUACGUGGACGCAGUAGGUGCGAAGGCCCUGUGUGACGGAAAUGAGAGACCAUUGGGCGGUGGCAUGAGCGGGGGUGGCUUGGCUACGGUGGUCGACGUGGCAAAUAGGCAACAGGGCGGGCACUGGGAAUAUUUUUUCGGAGCCGCGGAGACUCUGGAGGAGCGGGCUCGCCUUGCGUCGAUGGCAAGGCACGCGGCAAGACUUUACGUGCGCGAGCGCUGCAAGCUUCCAUCUCGCGUCGUGGCGCAUUUGUAUGAUGGGCUUCGGCACUUGAAGAGGCAUGGAAGUUUCAGGGUGACGGGGGAAACAUGGCCGGAAUUGUGGGACAAGUACGAGAGGAAAAUCCGUUCCGAGGACCCGUCGCUAGAGGGUGAAGAUCUCAAGACCGCAAUUUGCUUGCGCAUCCUAGAGAAGUCGUGUUCCACGAGCGAGAUGUUCAACAAUCUCUCCGGAUGCAGCGACCUCAACUCCUUCUUGCCAGACACGUUAACAGAGACCGCUCCAACACAGCACCAAGAAGCGUUUGCAGCGGAGAGCGCCGCAGCUUGCGCGGGGGCUCUCCGUUUGAUUCCGCUGAUGCAACCGUUCAGGCGGACGAAGAUGCAGGGCGAAGGGGCCGUGGUGGUACAAAAGCGGGCCAAGCGGCACACGCGCAGGCGAAAAAUCCUCGCGGGACGUCGAAGGCGCAUUCGCAGCAGUAACCGCCCUCGCACCUUGUAGGGUGCUGAAGAAUUGUAGCCUUAUCCGCAUAGAGUCAUCUGGCCGAACCGUCCCGGUGAGGAGGGUUUGAAACGAGCGCCGCGCGGGGCUUUGAGUCUGAUUGACUUGUUCCCCCGUUCGACGGCGGACGGGGCCACGGUUGAAUCAUUGUUUCUAGUUGCUUUCGAAAGGUCCUCUUGUGUAAUUAUUUGUUCUCUGAUUGCUGCUUUGCGCGCCUACACUGCUCACGUUGUGUUGAGACCGCUGCACAGCACGAGAGUCGAUAGGAGUCGCCUGUGAGCUUGGAAUAUGUCAUGUAUAGAGCUUUUUUUUUUGUUUGGCUUGAAACAGAUGGAGGGGGUUUCUAUGCCCCCAUCUUACAAGAAUUUUAUUCCGUGCGAUUUGUUUGGUCCACUCGAAGUUGCUUCGUCGCUCAGUGACUUGGUGGACGGGGGGAUGGAUGCCGUCAUGUUGGGGUGCGCUUACAGCGAGUGUCCACCCGGAAAAAAGUGGUUGAUGAUCAUGAUCCAAGAUAGAUGCUAAAAUUGCCGUUGGUACAGAAUAGCACGAUAUAACAGCGGCUAUGAGGAGUGAAGGUGUGUGGGGGUUAUAGCUGACGUUGAUCGCCUGUGUUGUGUGCCGCUCGCGCGUACAACAGGAGACAUUGAAUAGAUGUUCCUUCUAGGUUAAAGUGAAGGAACGAUUUGGUCCACCGCUACUGUGUAGAUCUGAGAGUAUCCGUUGUUGUGUGGAAGCAGCGCUGUUGCCGUCUUCCACGCUGAAAUAGCUUGGAUGGGUUCGACUGAACUGACUUGGAUUGUGUUUGGUUGCGGCGGAAAACCAACCUACUACGGGGGGCUGAUGUGAUGUCAUCUGCUACAAAUGCGCUGCAGCGGUGCUUCACAUUCUAGGCAAACGGAGUACAGCCAUUUUUCGCCCUUGUUGAAUUGGCCCGAUGUUCUUGGUGGUUGGAUAUGUAUGGUGUUGCCCGAGGCCAUGGCCUGUAGGACAACCAUACGCUCAUAUCCGUCGUAUUAAUAUUCCAUAUUAGUAAUGUUUGCCCCCCUUGUCUUCUGGGCUCUAGUGCGCUCUGAAUCUUGCUUGCUUCAUCCUUUCUCUAGAUCUCGUGUUGACUGUUCGCUUGGCAACAGCGGAGGGCGUUAGAUGUAAACGUAUCACAAUGAACGUAGAAGAUGCCUUCGUACAUGCCAAUCGUGAGUAGGUGCACCGAGCGGUGGCGUGCUGUUGAAAAAAUGCCAGGCCUUAGUACGUGGCUGUCUUGUUUUUUUUGCAAAGGCAUUGAUAGGUGUUUCACUUUCGGCUUUUGAGAAAAGCAGUUGAGUUCAGGUAGUCCCUCUCUCUGUUGUCGCUCGCCCUAAUCGAAUUUUAUGCUGUGCUAUUGCUCUCGUCGAGCUCUCCCGUAACUGAAGCCUGUGCCACAGAAAGGUUUUGAUUCAAGGGAGUCUGUCCUGAGUGUGUAUGUCCCUUUUCUGAACACACCAGCCGGGUUCAGCGGAGGAAGGCGACGCAGGAGCGUUUUCCAAAUAGUCAUAUCGGCAACCAAGAUCUCAACUUACGUGGACAGUGGACUGGGG